GCUCCACCUUCUUUCUUUCCACACUACAUUUGUUUCGUCAUCUUUCUCAGUUUAUCUCAAACAUCAGAGGAAGAAGCAGUGCCAGGCAAUUACACUUUAUAAGAUAUCAUGGAAAAGGGUCAGGGACCUCCUCUGGAAAUGCCAGCACCACCGUACCCAGGUUUCUCCACAGACCACACGGGAGUCUACCAAACUCAGCCUGGCGUCCAACCCAUUCAACAGCCUGCUUACCUGUACAACCCACAGCAACCUCAGGUCGUACAACAAGUGAACCCGGUGAUUGUGAUGCAAAAGCUGCCGUCGGAUGUUCCGGGACACAUGACGUGUCCUCAUUGCCGAAACAGUGUUGUCACUCGAAUCGAGCACAAAAAUGGUCUGCUCACCUGGCUGAUCUGUGGCACACUGAUGAUCUUCCUGUGCUGGCCUUGCUGUUUUAUCCCUUUCUGUGUGGAUUCUUGCAAGGAUGUGGAGCAUUCAUGCCCUUCCUGUAACAACGUUGUGCACAUCCAUAAACUCAUUUGAACACGCCCUAGAGUCAACUCCGCUGAAGUGACAACAAAGGCAGAGGGCUGUGACUAAAUAAACAUCUGGACAGGAGCUGGACCUCCUCAUGCAAACACAUUCAAAGUCAUCAUGAACCAUGUGCUCACUUGUGGGCUGUACCUGCAUUAUUACUCUGUUCUGUACUUAUAUGUGUAGAUCACAGAAGAUAUGUGAUUUAUUCAUAUCUUCUAUCUGCUAAAAUGUGCAAUGUAACAUGAAUAUGUAAAAACUCGAAUCUGAUUGCAUCAUUUCUUAACUUAACCUGAGUGAACUUGUCUCCAUACCUGGGUGUUUAAUUCAAGCAACAAUCUAGGAUGUUUUUUUUACUUAAAUUAAAUCUGUCCAGUGUAUUAUUUUGUGUUUUUAAGGCUGCAGAUAGAUAUUUGGCUGUGUACAUUUUUAUAGCAUGUUGAAUGUUUUUUUAAAAAUUUCAACUCUUUGAUAUGCUGACAAAAAUGUAUUUGUUUUGAACAUAAUCAGACUUUGGAAGCCAAAACUCAUUGUUUGAAAGCAAAAAGGGUUUCUACAAUAUUUCAGUCAUUUAAAAACAUUUCAUAAAACACUGACACAUUAUAGGAAUAGCUAUUACAUAACUCUAAUAGGAUAAUCAUAGAAAGUUAGGCUGUUUAUUGAUUAAACUCACAAUUAUAACCAAACUCA